UUGUGGAAAGCAAAGCACUUUACAACAUGUUCCCUGAUGGAUGGAGAGAAAGACGGAGGAGAUGCUGCUCCUGAAAGCGUUUUCUUGAAUUCUCUCGGCUCUGGGAUAAUUUAACAAAUGCACGACUUAUUUUACUCUUGGAAGCCGUUGAAAGACUUGGAAACAGAGGUUGAUGUGGUGGAUGUGAGUUGAUGUCGACAUCUGGAGCGGGUCGCGCGCAUUCCUUCGAAUAUUCGCCGGUAGAAUCCGCGCGAGCGUUUGUUUUCAUUUAGAUCUCGAGCGAUCAUAAUGACGCUGGAUGCUGUUCACGUUGAAGAGUGGGAAUAAACAACGCAAAGACGCGUUAAAGAGGGAGAAGAGGCCUGUGUCCUGCUUUAAUAAAAACACGAGAUUCUCCAUCACUGAAGCAUGGACAGAUUAGAGGAACUUGUGAACCAGUGGAUGUGGCGGCAGGAUUUCUGGCUUCCUCCUGGCGUCACGUGGAAACACAUCUCUGAAGGGACGGCGGACGGAGAUCAGCAUCCCGUACCCCGAGACCUGCUCAUCUCCCUGCCCUUGGCCCUGGGUUUCAUCGCACUGCGGAUCGUCUUCGAAAGGGUUGUGGCGCUGCCGUUCAGCCGGUGGUUGGGCGUCCGGGACAAGGUUUGGGUGCGUGUCACACCCGUCCCGAAGCUGGAGGUGUUUUACCUGCAGAAGAAGCAUCAGCCGUCACAGAAUGAUUUGCUGGUUCUGGAGAAGCACUGUGGACUCACUCAGCGUCAGAUCCAGACCUGGCUGCGUCUGCGCCGAAACCAGGACCGACCCGGCAACACCAGGAAGUUCUGUGAAGCCUCGUGGAGGUUUGUGUUUUACCUCAUCGCCUUCUCAGCUGGUCUCGUCUCGCUCAUUAACACGCCGUGGUUUUGGGAUCAUCGGGAAUGCUGGCGCGGAUACCCAAGACAGGUUGUAACAGAAGCUCAGUAUUGGUAUUAUAUCAUGGAGUUGUCCUUCUAUCUCUCGCUUCUGCUCUGCGUAUCGGUGGACAUAAAGCGCAAAGACUUCAAAGAGCAGAUCAUUCACCACAUUGCCACCAUUUUUCUCAUCACGUUCUCAUACUGUGCGAACUACGUGCGCGUGGGAACCCUGGUGAUGCUCGUCCACGACUCUUCUGACUUCCUGUUGGAGUCUGCUAAGAUGUUCAAUUAUGCUGGAUGGAGAAAAACCUGCGAUGCCUUGUUUGUUGUUUUCGCCGCUGUAUUCUUGCUAACUCGUCUUGUGGUUUUCCCAUGCAGAAUCGUCUACACAGCUGUGGUGGAUUCGUUGGACGUCUUUCCUCCGUACUCUGGUUAUUAUUUCUUGAACGGCCUGUUGCUGGUUCUUCAAGCCCUGCACAUCUUCUGGGCUUGGCUGAUUCUUCGAAUGGUUCACAAAUUUCUCUUUUUAGGCAAAGUGGAACGCGAUGAACGGAGCGAUGAAGAGAGUGAGGCUGAGGAAGAAGAAGAUGAAGGUGGAGAAGAAGAACAAAGCUGUGAGCAGAAAAAGGGUGACAUUAACUCUAAAUUAGCGUUGUUGGCCAAUAACUGUGUUCUGAACAAUUUGACGAAUCAGAGGCGAAAAAUGAAUAGCAGAAUGCCGAAAGCCAGGUAGUAAUUCUAUUUAAUGUAUAUAAACUUUUAAGCCAUCUCUAACUUUCUUGGCUUAUCUUGUUUGUAAUUUCAGACUGCUGAUGUUUUGUUUUCCUGAAAACAUAGCGCUUAGUCAGUAGAUUGGGUAAAAAAACUAAAAAUACUACUAUUUUGUAUUAUUACAUUACCAUUGGAGAAUAUAGAUUCAACUAUAUUAAUUAGUUUAACGUUAGUCUAAUUAAUUAUAAUGCAUUGACUGAGUAGCACCUAAACUCAGGUUAAAAAGUUUGCACACAUUAAAAUGGUUCAUAAACAGACAUCUUAAGUAUUUAAUUGACUAGUUUACUAAUAAUGCAACUGUUCUUUAUUGAACAUUGGUAUUUAAAACAAGAAAUGAGUCCGCUUUCCUGAUUAGAGAGACCCACAACAUUUAGAUGCAUUCUUUUUAAGCACUUUUGUAUUUGUAUAGGUAUUCUUCUAGGUUGUGUGGAAAUGUGUGGAUUUUCUGUAGUGGCUGUUGUUUUCAAAACUGGCAGUGGUGGACCACUGGGAAAGACUUGCGGUGCAAUCUAGUGGUGAAGUGUCCACUUGUCUUAGUGAUUCUGCCAGUCAAAGAAUUUGUUGCACGAGACUACUGGAGUUUGUUGUGUUUUGUUAGAUGGUUCUUUGGUUGAGUAUUGCCUUAGCAAAUGAAGAAUUAGAUGAUUUCUCACUGGAGCAUGUGCCUCAAAAUCUCGAAAGUCAAAGGGAAUAGUUGAAUCUGAGGAAGCCUAUGUAGGCCCCUUGAUUUAUAUAAUCUGCUCCAAGGGCUAAAGGCAAAGUCUUUUUGUUGUUCUAGAUGGUUCUAGAAAGUUUAUUUGCACAGUAACCAUAACUGAUCUUUCAUUGUAAAACUGUGCAUCUGUCUUUCACUGUUUUUUAAAAAAAUAUCUUGUUUUAUUAUUGGGAUUUACCGUGUUUUUUAGUUUGUUAAUGCUCUAACAUGUAGCUGUUAUAUUACUUGUGACAAUGACAGAAGAUGGAUAUAUUCUUAUAAUCUUAAAUACUGUUAAUGUUGCAUACUUGCUUCUCAUUUGACAUUUUUCUGUGUGACCUUUUGAAUAACAAUAAAAAUGUACACUUACA